AUGAUUUUAAAUUAGCCUUCCUGGUAGAACCAUAGACAGUAAAAGAAAGAUAUAGUCUACUUUUCCGUAUCUUGGAUGGUCUGACGGACUUCCAAUCGAUCCUACAAUGGCUAGCCAAGGUACUAAAAGAAAACGAGAUCAUGACUCAUCUGACUCGAGUAUAGAGACAAAACUGACAACAAAUAUGAUCAUAGAGAAUGCAAGGCAAAUUCUACAAAGAGUCACUAAAAGCUCAGACCUAAACGAUAAAGGCAGCAGGAAGAAGGCAACCAUAGGGGUUUUUGGAAAAUCAGGAGAAGGAAAGAGCUCCCUUUUAAGUGCAAUCUUGGGGAAACUGUAUUUUUUACCCUCUGGUUGUUUUGGUGCCUGUACAGCUGUUGUUACACAGGUGGAAGCCAAUCUGGAUGACUCCAACUACACAGCAGAGAUCGAGCUCUUCUCUAAGGAGGAGUGGGAGAAUGAGCUUAAAGAUGUUUUCAAAGAUAUAAAAGAUGAAAGUGAGGAAAGGAACGAGGACUUGAUUGAAAUGGCUGCAGAAAAGAUCACUGCGCUGUAUGGAGAUGAUGCAGACAAGAAAACAUUAGAAGAGCUCCAGAAUGAUGAAACAUUUGCUAAGAUUGAACCAUUUUUGUCUAUCAGUAAGAAAAUAAUCUCAAGCAGUGAUCUCUCUGAAUUUACCAACGAAGUUGCAAGCUUCAUACAACACAGUCAGACAAGUUCUGGUGGCUGGUACUGGCCGCUUGUGAAGAGCGUCACAAUCAAGAUACCAGACUGUCACGGACUCCUGGAGAACAUUGUACUUCUUGAUCUUCCUGGUACUGGAGACUGCAAUAAGAUUAGAGAUGACCUGUGGAAAACUAAACUGAGAGAGUGCUCUUCAGUGUGGAUUGUAAGCGCCAUCAAUCGAGCGAUCACUGACAGAGACCCCUGGGGGAUAUUGAAGCACUGCAUUGAAGAACUGGGACCAGGAGGAAAAUGCAAAAGCAUUAACUUCAUCUGUACGAAGACUGAUGAUAUAAAUCCAGGAGAAUAUAUAAGAUCUGUACGGCUUCCAAGAGACCAAAUCCCAGAAGACAAGGAUCAGAAAAAAACAUGCAUACUUCAUAGAAAUAACCAUGCCAAGACAAGGGUCAAAGAAAAGUUUGAAAAUUCUGAAAUCAAGAAAAUAUUCAACACCGACAGUCAGUUUCAAGUUUUUACUGUGAGUUCCAAUGCAUUCUUUGACCACAAUUUAAAUCUGGAAUCAAGUGAAACAGAAAUUCCAAAGCUGCAGGAUGAUCUGAUGAAUUUUAACAAGACCAUUAAUAUAGAAUUGACCAGAGAUUAUGUCAAUAAAGCAAAGGGAGUUUUGUCCUUGAUCCAAAGCGGCCAGCUGGAUAACGAAAAAGAGAAAAUGAUUGAAAUGAAAGUCAACGAAUUUAAGAACAACCUAAAGGAGUCACUAAUUGAACUGGACAAAUAUUUUAGAAGCAUUUAUAAAGAUCUGGAGCAGCAUCUCUCAAAGGGAGUGGAAGAAUCAGUGAACUCAUGUGUUGCCUCCACAAAGAAAUUGAUAGCAUCUAAUAAAGAUGGAAGAGGGUUCCAUAAAAUCCUUGGAGCUUUGUGCAAGAACUACGGAUGCUAUUGGUCAAAGAAUUGGGAUGUAGUUCUAGACCUGAACAAAUCAUUGGCCAAACAUUUGCACAAAAACAUUUAUGAUGAUUUCUGUAAGAUUUUUCCUGUGACUGGAAAAACAGGGACGUCAGUGCAGGAACAGAUUGACAAGUUCAGUAUCAUCCAGAGUGACUCUGCUUACACCAGAUCUGACAUACUUCAUUACAUUCAGGAUUUCAUUAUAAUCGAGGAAACCAAACUGAAGGCUGCACUCAGCAGAGACAUUGUUGACAAGAAAAAGGACAUCUACACAUCAAUACAAAUAACAAUUGUGCAUGAAAUGGCUUCAUGCUAUCGGCAAGCUGCAGCUGUGAGAGGAAUAGGAUCCAAGAAGAAAAUGCAAGACCUGUUAAUAAACACAGUCGAUCAGAAAAAAGGAGACAUGUUCGAAAAAGCAAAAAUGGAAGUUCUUAAAAAGUUCAAUAACUUAAAGCUGGACAUAAAAAGUACUCUUGAAAAAGAACUAGAGAAAGCAAUAGAACGCUCAGAAUCACAAAACAACAAAAAGACACGGAUGGAUGUUUCCAGAGAGAUUGAAGAGCUGGAGGGACUUCUAGAUCAUCUGGACUGAAGCUCAUCAAGCAAGAGAAACAGCACAAAAAA